CUCCAUAGCCACCAAUAUUAUUAUGGCGCCAAUAUCAAAUGGGACUUCCAAUGGAGAGGAAGAUUGGACGGAAACUUGGGGGCCAAUCGCCGAACCCGACAGCAAAAAGAUAUCAGAGUGUUAUGAAGAGAAGGAGAGCAGGCGGAGGCACUUUGUUGCAUUCUAGCAAUAUGAAUCGAGCGUGCCAAGUGCCUCCAACUUGUUACACUUGUUGGUACCGUACACCGAGUUGAAUAUUCUUGAGAAAUGUUUUGAGUCGUGGAUCAGAAGUGGCAACUUCUUUCGUACAUCAAGAAGGGUCUUGGGUUUCCUGCCGCCCUUUUCGGAAGGAAGGCCUUUGUGGACGAUCCAAGGUUCGCACAAGAUCUGCCGCUUUAGAGUAUGACAAGUGGCCGACACCAUGGGCAAGCAUUUCAUCUAUUCCAUCACUAUGAUACACUUCGCUUGAGGUCUCACUAGAGCAACUUCUUCGACAUACGAUCAUAGAUAGUGCGAGGAGAAAUGAGGGUUUGUUUGAGACGCCAUGGAUUCAUCUCACCAUCUCGAGCAAUGGAAGGAUAUUUUGACUCGCGCUUGCGAAUUGGAGGCGGAGAGAAUGCGAUUGCGAGGGGAAGAGUAACCCAAUAAAUGCGCACUAAUCGACAGAGGACUGGUGCCGAAAUAUAUUUGAGGUUGAGCGAAGGGUCAAGUCCAAAGGCUCAAAGGCUUUUUCCGAACAAACCGACCUACGAGGGCCAAAAGUGCACAACCGACACCUGCGAAUGAAUGAGCUGCGAUCCGCAUUUCUGGUGACAACAGUCCAGUAGCAGUGGGAAGACUAGACUCCCCAGGAAGACGGAAACAGAGAGAUAGCGAAGCUGAGCUGCAGGCAAAUCUUGCGCUUGCAUCUCUUAGAGGCUCCCUCCCCUGCGCCCAGCAUUUCGGGAGGGAGGUCCAGAGUCUCUCAUCUUUGACGGAUUCAAUGUAACUCAGUUUGGCUUGAUUUGGCUUCCUCGACUAAGGAGCACGGUUUUUUCCGUGAGCUUGUCCUUCUUUCAUUGUCUGCGACCAUGGCAAUUGCAGCUACCAGCUGCACCAGAUUUGGUCUUUUGCCUGUGAAUGCAAAAUCUACGGAGCCAUUUCGUAGUUCGGGUUGUAUUAAUCCUCUUCCGCCCUCCUCUCGUUCAGCCGACGUCGAACUCCUCCCGAAUCAAGCCGCCGGCCUAAAACACCACGAUUCUUGCACGAUUCUUCUCAGGAGCUCUGAACUCUGUGGAGGAAGAAUUUCUUAUCCGCAGACCUCCUAUCGCCUACGUACUCAUUUGCGCUCACCUAUUACAUGCCAUCUCGGAAGACAUUCAUCUUCGUCGAGGAGAGUUUCUCAUGGGUUGGGUGCGGUUGAGUGUCAAUGGCAAUUUUUACGCACGGCGAUGGAGAUCCGUCCGAGGACGGACAGGGGUGCGGCUAUGGUUUGCAGAGGAGCCGCAGCAGCCGCCGUUGCAGAGAUUGCCACUCUGAAACCGUUCUUAGAUAAGCUCGUGUUGUUUGGGACGGUUUUGUACUACUACAUUACAGGUGUUUCUGCUGUUCCUCGUCUUCCCGAACUUGCCUCCGCAGGCAGAAGGAUUUCCUCAGCCCCAAAACUCGCUGCACCGAGUCAAAAGCCUGUGAACAAGAAACCCGCACAGCGGCAAAGGAAAGCUCGCCAACAGGUCUCCAGCGCUGAGACCUGGCACGCUUUGGACGCAAAGCUUUUCAGGGCACUGUCGCUUGAUGAAAGUGAAAGCGUUGAAGUCGAAGAACAGCAUUCUCCAAAUCCCGUGCUGAGCUUGCAGGCCUUUGCGAGAGGUCCCAGAGAGUAUCUACUCUAUACGACUCUGCAAAAUCUUCGGAAAGAGGUGGACAGUAUUACUGAAGCUGACCAAGAACUCGGUCUGUCCCAAUGGCGCGAUCUUUCACUGAGUGUCCUCUGCCGUGCUGUUCUUCCUGUUUGCACAAAUUGGGUUUCACAGGAUUUGACUAUGAUGAACUCAGAUUUAGGCAGUGGAGUAUCAGCUGCUGGACACUCUAUAGCUAGUGAAAAGAUGUCGUUAACUCAAACACGUGUGCUGGAGAGCAUGACGGACUUUCUGAGAAAUACGGAGUCGAUGCAGACCUAUUUAACGAAGAGUGGGAAAGCAGAUCUGUAUGCUGAUCUGAUCUUCUUCUUACGUUUUGGGUCAAUCAGGACGGGAGGAUGCUGUGAUUACAGGAGUUUCAGUAGAUUUGCAGGAAAAGCCCUGGAGGAUAUGGUAGUUGUAGUUGCUGAAGUAGUGGCUACACUUUUUCUUGAUAGCUGUUCCUCCGUAGCAAGUUUGAGCCCUCAAAGCGAGACAUGGCAAGCUUUUCUACUACCGUCAAUUCUGUCGACAAGAUCUUUGGAACGAUUUAGAAACGAGGUGGCAUUGAAUGGAUGGUUGAAUUUGAACUUCACAUCCGUUGCAGCGAUGUUUGAAGACCGGUUCGAUUUAUGGACAUUACAAAGACGGCCAAUUGCGUCUGUUGACAAGAAGCAGGUCAAGGAUACGAGUCCUGGUAAUGGCGAGAAGGAAAUCAAGAGAGCUGGUCUAAGACUCACACGUCUUCAACUUCCCGCGAGGAGGAGCGAUGAACUGAAGGCACUAACUGGAUGGCGGUAUUACUACAGCCUGUAUCUGGAGUUCUCUGAUGUGGUUGGCCCUAUACUGGGGAUGCUCUUCACGAGGCUUGGGGAGGCUGUAUCGUUUUUGCUUGUACGAUUAAUUGGUCGCUCGCUGGGCCUUGUUUAUCAAGGGAUUCGGCAAAGUGUAAGAUGGUCCCCGAAGUAGGCGGAAAUCAAAUAGCUAAAUAAGGAAAUGGAGAAUUUUGUACUACGUAGUUAUAUUCACAGCACGGAGAUCGCAUAGUCGCUAUGCAGUAAUAGGGAGAAUGCAUUGUUUUGGUUACUCGCAAAGAAUGAUGCUCUGUGAAGAGAUUACCCUGUUGAUUAUGUCUGAUUGUCCAUGGAGGACUCGUGCAGAGAGAUUGUAGAUAUUGCGCAGGUUGAGAUUUAGCAGCAACAGAUGCGCGACGUGUAGAGAUUGAUAUUUGAGCCACACAAGCACAUCUGACGUUUUCUUUGCAACGGUGGUCAGAGUUAUUAUCAGCAUUGAGUGAGUCGGAACUGUAAAGACUGGAUGUCCCUCUCUAGUGCCUUGCUUGGUACACGCCUAACGAGAUGCCGUAAAUAUUCUACAUGGUGCCCUGGACUACAACAUGGAUAUGAACUAGGCAUUUGGAUAUUUGGCUCAUAUCCACGAGAAGUCUCCAAAGCAAUCCAAACAGUUUUCAACAAGCUCAAAUGAGCUGGCGAUAAUUAUUUUGGUAUUGCCUACUUUAUCCUCACGUAUGUUAUAUUAUGUACUGUCGUGUUAUUGAAAACACAACAUCAGAAGAUUCUAACACGACUCACAUAAACAUGAUCUCCUAUAUAAUUGUGGCGGCA